AUAAAAAAGCAAAGAUGAAUAUGAAAUUACCACCCUACCUCCAGGACGAAGUAGAUGAUGUUAUUCCAUAUGCUAAUGAUGACAUUGACUUCUCUGAAUUUGAGUGGAUGGCAGACCAAGAAUUAGAGGAAUUUGAUAAACAAGUAGAAGAAGAGUUCUGGGAGGGUGAGUUCAUUGAGGCAUGUUUUGAGGAGAUGCUCAAAGAGGAGGAGGAGAGGGAAAUGACAUUUUAUCCAUCAUAUCCUGACCACCCCCAUCAGACAGUGGAUUGUCCCAAUAAGGUGUUUUCUAGUAAAUUGAAUCCAAACGCUCCUGAAUUCAUCCCUAGAAAUUCCAAGAAAGGAAAAGCAUAGCCAUGCAGGAGCCAAGUAGUCUACAUUUUUCAAAUAGGGUUGCAUUGAAAACAGUUGUAAAUGCAUUAUACCCUAAUUGUCUUUCAUGGAGAGAAAAAAAUUACAAAAAAAUUAAUACUCCCGACAUUCGUGUAUGGCUGUGGAUCUGCAUGUGUUCGUUUAUGUUUGUUUGUUUACUGGUGUAUUGUUUUAAAUGUGUUAUGAUAUCUCCACAAGAAAGACUGAGAAAUGUUUCAUGGUUUCAUGUGCAUAUUGUUUUCAAAAAGUGCUAUAUUGGUGCACAUUUUUUUUUUCAGGUAAAUGUUUUCACUUUAUGUUUAGGACACAUUGAAGACAUCAAUGUCCUAUUGUUUUCCUUCAAGUGCUCAGAGUUGCCUUUCUUUGUAUAUGAUUUCUACUUUCUCUUACCUAAUUCUUGAUAAGAACUCUAUAACAGAGGUUAAAUAUUCAAUUUUUAUAAAGAAUAACUUUUUCAAAUCUGUAUUCUUGAUUAACUGGAGGGAUGAUUUUAGAUAAUGAGAUAAACUGUAUGGUGUAUAUUUACAAUAUAUAUACAUUUAUCACAUGUUUACCCCUUUAUAAAGUAGAUAUUGCUCAUAUAUCAUUUUCAUAUCAACAGUUGUGACAUCACAAUGGUUUUUAUCUUAAAUUGAUGAAGUCAAAUGCAGUGGAUUGAUAUUUAAAAACGUAUAUAAAAACUGUGUAGAACAUGUUAUAGCUGUGUGUAAAACAUUUGAUAAAAAAAAUCUCCCUUUGGCUUGUGGAUGGAUGUAAUUGUAUGUUUUCUUUCCCCUCACCAAGGCUUGGGGAUCAUAUCAUAUCCAACUACAAACCAUGGGAGAUCCUACCCUUACAGAAAUUUCUGAUAAGUGACUUAUAAGUGAUUUAUUCUUUUACUUAUAAGUUGUUUAUACUGGACUUAUACUUCACUGAUACAUUUAUUUUAUAAGUGACUGAUCAGUGACUCAUUAGGAUUUUAUAUGCAAAAGUUGUUGUUUUUUUGUUUUGUUUUUUUACAUAUAUACAUAUGCAUCUUCACCUAAGAUGAAAUAAUUAAGUUAACAUUUUAUGAAAAAUAUUCCCUCUCAUAUGACAUUCUUUGAUGAUGCAAACUUUAUAUAUUAUUUCAGUUCACAAACAAAAAUGUUGGACAAAAAAAAUCAAUUAAGAUUUAAUGACCUUGAGGUUUCUUCAAAUUUAUGAAAUCUGAAAGCAACUGAGUCAAUUGAUUUAAAAUUUCAGGCAAAGGAAGUUAAAAUAAAAAGAUGAUGUGAAUAGAACCUACUUGUUGAACCUGAUGUGAAGGCAUAUUCAAAAUAAAUUUGAAAUCUCCAACAACAUCCUUUCACAGAGACUUAGUUUCAAAUUCUUGUUGUUUAUCUCUUCAGAGACAAAGUUUCUGAUUGGUUAGCUUGAAUACUCAAGACAAGUCUAGUAUAGUGUAAAAAUUUUAAGUCCACACUAUUCUGGCUAAUACCAUACUGAUCUUCACUUAUAAGUGAAGUAUAAGUGAAAUAUUUACUGAUAUGUUGCUAAUCUUCACUUAUAAGUGAAGUAUUAACAAAAUCUGUUCCUCACUUAUACUUUUUUUGACUUAUAGUACACUUAUAAGUAAAUUUCAAAACUUAUAAGUGACUUAUAAGUGGCUUAUAAGUGAAGUAUAAAACACUUAUAAGUUUUUAUUGGUUUUUUCUGUAAGGGUAUGUAUAUGUUCUUGAUUUCACAUACGAUAUAUCUGGAAAACUUGACAUUAUAAAGUUUGUAUUAAAAUUUCAAUAUAAUCAGAAACCAAGAUUCUCUGAAAUUCAAAGAAAAGUAGAAAAUGAAACACUGACAUUAAUUUCGGUCUAUACAAUGAAAUACAAUUUUGAGGAAAAUUGUAGAUAUGCAUCUUUAAAACUUAGAAUAUUUCCUCCAGUUUAAUCUAAAUGUUAAUAUGUUUCUGUAUGGUCAUUAUCUUAAAUGUAAUGAACAAAGCUCCAGUCAUGUCUUAAUCAGGAAUCCUUCACUGUAAUAUUAAUUCAAUCAGUAUAAUGUGUGUGUAUGUAAAGAUCUGUCAGUUUAAAACUGUCAAUUUCAUUGUAGGUGCCUUUUAAUUUUCAGAUUGUUUCAUGUAACUUUUUUUUCACUUAUGUUUUUUUUAUUAUUGUUUUUUUUUUAUAUUAUCACACGGUGCCAACUGACAGGUUUUUUUAGGAAUAAAUUUUUUUUGA